GUAAUUACUAAAUGAGCUAAUUCGAAACAAAUUCUUAGACUUAAAUUCCUUAUCAAGAAAUGAUCAAACCGAAUUCAAAUCGAUAAUUAGGAACAUCCAAUCUAUCAAAUGGAUAAAAUUAAAAAAACAUAGAUCAAAAUGAGUAUGUCAAUUUAUAAUAAACCUUAGGUUUGCUCCAAGAAGAUCUUACCAAACAAAUAAGUAAAAUAUAUAUAAAAGCUAGUUAUGGAUAUUAAUAAAAUACUCCUUAAGUUUAACAAUAUCCCCAAUUAAAUUAUCCAGUUAUGGGAUAACAAACAAUGAAAGAAUAAGAACAUGAAGAAUAAAUAUAACGAUUAAUGAAGGAAAAUGAAACAUUAAGGUAUGUUUCAAACAGUAAUUAGAUAUUAGUGGAGAACCUUGGAGUAGGAAAAUUAAAAGUUGAAAAACGAUAAGUAUUAAAUAUUAGUAUAAUAGUAAUCAAUUAGUUAACAGAGACAAGAGUAAUUCAACAGAAAAUUUAGGAUUGCAGUAUGAUAUAUAUAGUAAUAUUCAAGGGAUUAGAUACUUUAAUUAAAAAAUGAAAAUAAAAGAUUAAUGAAUACAAUUUCAGAGGAUCAAUAUCAACUUGUAGAUUUAUAAAAAUUAAAAAAACAAGUAGAACUAAAUAAAGGACUCGAUAAUUAGAUAUCUGACUUAGAAUAGUAGCUACAAAUAGCUAAUAAACAAUUAUCAGAACAAAAAAGAUUAAAUUCUUUUUAAGAAAGUGAUAAUUAGACUUAGAGAGAAACAAUUGAAAAAUUAAAAGCAUAACUUAAAGAUGUUACAUAAAAUAAUGAAGCAUAAUGCUAAAAGAAUGAUGCACUAUUAAAUGAUAAUAGAAAGAUGAAAUAAGCAUUAGAUAUGAUCAAUAAGGAUUUAAAUAAAGAAUAAGAAUAAAAUCAAAUGUUAAUUUAAAAAAUCAAUCAAUUAAAUUAGGGAUCUAAAGAUUAGAUUAAUAACUUAUAAAAAAAUCUAACAAAUCUUAAUUUUUAGAAUGAUUAAAUGAAAAAUUAAAUUAUUUAACUUCAAUAAAAAGAAAAGGAAUUAUAAAAUGCCUAAAAUUAAAAUUUAUCAAAUGAAAGUAAAUUAAGACAAAUGCAAUAAUAAAUUUCUGAAUGUAAUUUAAAUUUAAACUUUAGAAUAAAGAUUGAUUGAGUAAUAUGCAAUGACUAUAUAAACAGGAAAGAAUGAAUAUUCAAAAUUAGCAGCUAAAAGUUAAUCAUAAGAAUAAGAGAUAUGGAAGUUGAAAGAAUAGAUAAAUUAAUUAAGCACACAAAACCAAAUGUUAUAAAACAAGUGUCAUUAACUUGAAAGAUCUAUUGAUGAUAGUUUAUCAAAAUCUCAAAUAUAAUCUGCUGAUUUAAAAGGUACUCUUGAUAAAUGGAAAAAUUAUGGAUUAUCCCUUGAAUAAGAAAUAAAAAAAAGAGAAAUGGCUUUACUUCAAUUAGAAAAUGAAUAUGUACAUAUGUAGAAUCAGCUAAAAGGUGCUUAAGAAAAUGAGGUUCAAUUAAGAAACGAAAGAGCAGUAACAUUAUCAAAAAUGAAAGAAAUGCAUGAUGAUUUACUUCUUUAUGAAAAAAAAUGUGAUUAAUAAGAGAGAGGUAAAAUUAUUAUUAUUUCUUUAGAUUUAUAACUCUUAAAGGAAUAAAAUAGGAAUGCCUUAUAAAAUUAAGAGAGAAUUGAAUAAGAUAAAUAACAAUUAAAUCUUGAAGUUAAAAAUUUAAUGGAUGAAUUACAUAGUACAUAAAAUUAAAAUGAUUUGAAAAUUAGAGAUUUUGAUGCUUUAUAAAUGAAACAUGAUUCUGACAAUAAUAUGAAAGAAAGAGAAAUGUAGAACUGUCAAUUAUAAAAUAGUAUGCUAUAAGAAAAAAAUAAAUAAUUAGAAAAUGAUUUGGCUAAAGAGAAAGUAUAAAUGAUUUCAAUUAAUUUAGGAAAAAUUAUUUAAGAUGGAAAAUAGAAUAAGAAAUUUAGAGAGUGAAAUGCAUAAUCUUUAAUUUAAGUAAACUCUAAAAUAACAAUAUUAAUGGAACUAAGAUGAACCGAAUAAUCAUAGCAAUUAAAUAGAAUAGACAGAAAAUAGCUAGAUUUAUUAAGGAAUUAAUGUGCCUUAUUUAAAUAAUUCAGGAUAUUUGAGUCCAUAAUAAAAUAAUUUUGAAGUGUAGAAAACUUAAUAACCUAAACCAACAGAAGUUUAAAAUACUCCAUCUUAAGUUAAUGAAUAACCAAAUCAUAGACGUACUAAUUCUUAGCAGUUAAUUAAAAGUAAAAAUUAUGAUUUAAGAUUCUAAUAUCAACCAUAAAAUUUAUAACACUGA